AUGUCAUCAGCGAUCCUCGACGACAUCAAGUCCGUCGUGUACAAUAUGGGGGCCAAGAUUACCCACGAGUACAGUCUGAUCAAGGGAUUCACCAUGGAUGCCUCCGAUGAGCUUCUGCCACGCCUGAAGCAGAAAUUGCUCGAGAUUGAGAACACAUUUGGCUACAGGGUGCAUCUAGAACGCGAUUCCGAGGUGCACUCGUUCAGAUCGCACGAUGAGAGCCUCGAGAAGGGCGAGCAUUCUUAG